AUGGAUAGAUUCAAAUUUAUGCUGUUGGAAAUAUCUAAACAGCUGAGCUCUGAAAACUUAUCGACGAUGAAAUUUCUGUGUGGGGAGGAUAUUGGAAAGAAGAAAAGGGAAGAGAUCACCAGCGGCAUUCAGCUGUUUGAGUAUCUGAUCGAGAGAGCACUGAUCGGGCCUUAUGAUACAGCAUAUUUACGGAAGCUUCUCAGUGAACAAGAAGCUUUACUGCAAUUAAUCGACAACUACGAACAAGAACAACCGAUCCCCACCGAUUUGCCGAAUGAAACGGAACUAGAAAAAAUCAACUGUGCAAUAGAAGUGAUCAGUGAGCAACUGGGAAGGAAGUGGAUUAAAUAUGGACGGAAACUGAAAAUCGCUGAGACCAAGCUCGAAGGCAUACAAGAGAAACACCCUCGCAAUCUGGAGGAACAAGUGAGGGAAUUGUUCAAAGAGUGGAUGAAGAUGCACAAAGCGGAGGCCAAAGUGGACGAGCUCAUCAGGGCACUACGCGACUGCGACCUGAACUACACGGCUGAUGUUGUGCAGAUGAAUCUCCAGAAGGCUAAUGUAUCUUGA